UGGUGUUUGGGGGAGGGCCGGGAACAAGGGGAUACGGGAAGGUGAAGGGAGAGCGGGGGGAGCGGCGAGCUGGAGGGUCCGUGACGGAGCGGCGGUGCGUGAGGCGCUCCGUGCUGUGCGGAGGGGCUGCGCUGCGCUCCGCGCCUCCUCGGCCCGAGCGCUGCCCUCAGGCGCCCCGCACGGCGCAGCGCCAUGUCCGCCUCCAGGCUCUUCACCCUCGUGCUGGUGGUGCAGCCGCCCCGCGUUCUCCUGGGAAAGAAGAAGAGCGGGUUCGGAGCCGGGCUCUGGAACGGCUUUGGAGGAAUCGUGCAGCCGGGAGAGAGCAUCGAGGAUGCUGCGCGCAGGGGGCUCAAGGAAGAGAGUGGGCUGACUGUGGACACCUUGCAGAAGAUGGGUCAGAUCACUUUUGAAUUCAUAGGCAACUCUGAACUGAUGGAAGUUCACGUUUUCCGAGUGGAUCAGUUUCAUGGAGAGCCAAAGGAAAGUGAUGAAAUGCAGCCUCAGUGGUUUCAGAUGGAUGAGGUGCCAUUCAAACAAAUGUGGCCAGAUGAUGUCUUUUGGUUCCCUUUGGUUUUUCAAAGAAAGUUGUUUCGUGGCUACUUUAAGUUCCAAGGACAAGACACCAUUGUGGAGCACACCCUGAAAGAAGUAGAGGAAGUUUAAGAGGAAGACAGAAGCGUUCAUUCCCCGUGCUGGUGCCCACAUUGGGCUGGGACACCACGAGUGCUUCCAGGGGGCUCCUUUCUCAGCUCCCCAGCAAGAAGAGGGUGAUUGCCAGGUCAUGGGGAAGCAAAGAAAAUAAGGGGGUUUCUUAGAGCAGCAAUAAACAUAGUAAGAAUUUC